UGUGUGUGUGUGUGUGUAUCUCUCUUUCUCCCAUUUACCAGCCAGCUCCAGUAAAGGGGAGGAGUUUCCAAUCUCCGGCCCAAUCAAAGAUUUUGACAGGUGAAAGUCCCCUCCCCCUAUUACGUCACGCCGCGAGCUGUGGUUGAAUAUCACUGCAGAGCGCGAGACAUUUCAUAGAGCGACAGACAGCGGAGGAAGCAACAUCUACUGUUACCGUAUAUCAUAUAAGAUAUCAACCACCUGCAUAGCGCAUCGUCUACUAUUACCGUAUAUAAUAUAAUAUAUCAACAACCUGCAUUUAUAUAAUAUAACAACAGCCUGCAUAGACAAGACAGCAGAGGGAACAACAUCUACUGCAACAACCUGCAUAUAUAGAACUGCCUGCAUAGACAGACAGCGGAGAGAGGGAGACCUGCCUAUACAGAGCAACCUGCUUAUAGACAACUUACUGCAUAUAGGGAACUGUUAACUGCUCAUAUUUCCACCUGCCUGCCUAUACAGAGAGCUGCCUGCCUAUACAGAGAGCAGCCUGAAUAUACAGCAACAACCUGCAUAUAGCCACCUGCCUGCAUAUACAGAGAGCAGCCUGCAUAUAUCCACCUACCUGCUUAUACAGAGAGCAGCCUGAAUAUACAGCAACAACCUGCAUAUAGCUGCCUGCCUAUACAGAGAGCAGCCUGCAUAUAUCCAUCUGCCUGCCUAUACAGAGCAACCUGCCUAUAUCUACCUACCUGCUUAUACAGAGAGCAGCCUGAAUAUAUAGCAACAACCUGCAUGCAGUCUGUGAGCAUGCAUCCUGCAUAGUCAGAGCCUCACACUGAGCAUGCAUGCUGGGUAGCUGGAUUACUACACUUACAGCUUCCUGAGCUGCACUCACACUCCGGGCAGAUUUGGGGUGCACAAGGUCUUGCAGUGACCCCCAGACCAGCAGCUUCUGUGGGAGCAUGGAGCUCCCUGCUGCAGGGGAACAUGUCUUUGCAGUGGAGAGCAUUGAGAAGAAGAGGAUCCGCAAGGUAAGAGCUCCCAGACCCUGCUGUGGGUGGGGGAUGGGAUGUUGCACCCCAAUCACAUAUUUUAACUGUACCUUCUGUUUGCAGGGUCGUGUGGAAUACCUGGUGAAAUGGAGAGGGUGGUCCUCUAGGUAAGUGUAUCUUCAGUGCAUGAGGGAGGGAUCUGCCUGCUGGGUUUAAUUGGUUUUAAUAUGUUAAUAUGCAUGAAUUAUAUGUAUGUACUGUGCAGUGUAAUAUUUGAGAAUAUAGGAUCUAUCUCUCUUUUUAUAUAUAUAUAUAUAUAUAUAGUGUGUGUGUGAAUCUGCCUGCUGGAUUUAAUAGGUUUUAAUGUUAAUAUGCAUUAAUUAUAUGUAUGUACUGUGCUGUGUAACAUCUGAGAAUAUAGGAUAUACUUAAAUAUAUAGUGUGUGUGAUAGAGCUAUAUAGUGUGUGUAUGAUAGAGCUAUAUAGUGUGUGUGUGUGUAUGUAUAUGAUAGAGCUAUUAUAUAGUGUGUGUGUUCUGGAAACGUGCACAUAUGCUGCAUAUACAGAGCUGAUCCAGCUGCUGCCUGCCAUUCAGUAUUCCUGCUGGGAGGGCGACUCCACCAGCUGUGCCCUCAGAUUCCAAUGCUGUGCAUAGGACACCCAGCCUCACUAUCCUACUUGCAUCAUUUAUCUGCAGCGGAUCCUUCGGGGUUAGUUUGUGGCUGGCACUAUCUAGGCCCUGAGUUGGGGGUUGGGUGCAGAAACUCUGCUUUAAUUCUAUCUCCAUCUCUCUCGCUCUGUGCACCGCUCCCACCGCAGUGAGAUCUGCAUGCUUUAAAUGCACUAUGCAGUAAUUCUAAGCUUCCGCAGCCACUGGAUACAUUCUUACCACUGUCGAGUUACAUUGCAACCAACAACACCCAAGUCUUUUACUUUGAGAUCUUGCCAAGCACAUGUCUGCCUUCCCUCGUACUGUGCCAGCAGCCAUUUCUCUGCAAGAACUAACACAGGCCCAUCUAGUCACAUCUCCAGCAAAGCCGAAUAGUGGGCAAGGCUGCCAAAGAGGGUGUUAUAAGGGGGUGGGUGACUUCUUGUUUUUGUGCAAUUUUUGCAAAGUGAGAGAGCACUUCUAAUAGUUGGACACACACUCACUCACUCACUCAGGAAGCCCAUGCAUUGUGCGAUGUAUCACUACUUAUCAGUUUAAAUAAAAUGGAUCCAUAUUCUGCCAACUGUCUCUGUUGAAGACUCUUUAACCCCUUAAGGACCAAACUUCUGGAAUAAAAGGGAAUCAUGACAUGUCAUGUGUCCUUAAGGGGUUAACAGACAAAGGCCUCAAUUAAAUUCUUUUGGAUAAACUUGUGACAAAUUAUGACAAAACGUUAGAAAAAACUUUUCAAAUGAUUUAUCUACUGAAGUCGACAUUCAAGUCUACUGGAAAUGUUUGUAGCGAAAUCAUUUGAAAAAACUUUAAAUCAUUAAAUCAAGGCCAACGUUUGUAAUGCACGGUUCCAUUUACUUUCAUUAGAGGCCACAAAUUCCAUUUUAGUAAGUAUUGUCCUUCUCACCAAAUUCCCUCCUGUCAAUUCCACCAUUGUUUCUUAAUUACUCAUCAGUGACCAUGAAUAGUAGUGAGAGGAAACCCUUGUGGAGCACUGUGAAUAGUUCUGAGAUGGAACCCUGGUGGGACUGUGACUGGCGAGAGGAACACCUUAAUAUAUCAAUUAAUGAGUUGAUUUUGUACUCUGAAAAUAAGCGCCCACCCUUGUGCUAAUGCCGCAGAGGUUUUCUUUGGAAAAUGGGUCAGAAUUUAGAGCACAAGCAAGUGAGUGAAUCUGCAAUGGUAGUAGCACGUGGUGUGCUAAAUAUAACCUACUGUCAAUGGUAAACUAAUCUGGGGCAUUAGAAUCACAGAAUACAGGCACAGAAUCUGAACAGCAGGUCAUGAGGUGUGUGUGUGUGUGUGAGAGUUUCCUGUAAAGCUCGUUGGAUGGAUUAACAUAGCAUCUAGUCAAUAAAUUACUGUAACGACUUUGUAACUGGUGUAGUGCAAGGAUCACUUAUUUCCAGUUUUGAACUUUUAGGUACAACACAUGGGAGCCAGAGGAGAAUAUUCUGGACCCCCGUCUCCUGGUUGCCUUUCAGAACAGGUAAGCGGUGGAACUCGAUGGGCAAACCUAGACCCCACCUCAUCCCAAGUAGUCUAGCUGUGCUAAACCUGGGGAAAAUUAGUCUUCUGAGGGAUUUUGGCCUAAAGAUUUCCCUGUCUUUUUGAACAUUUUGCUAUAUCUAUCAGUCUGGAGAUGACUGUGUGGAUUUUCUAGAACGUCUUUUAAUAUAUUGACCACUAUGAAGGUAGUCGUGUAAUGUCCCCCCAUGAAUAACAUCCACCCUUUGCAGGUUAUAAUUUAAAUCUUGUGAUGGCUUCUGUUUUCUUUUCCUUCUCCAUUCUCGUAAACCACGACUAGCUAUUUUUGACAUUUGGUAAAUAGCCUUUAGAAAGGCUUUCCAAGCCUCAGAUUUUAUGAACACCGCCCUUUGCAUCUUAAUGAAGCCAUUAGCAUGUAUUCUGCAUCUGUGCCCUUUAGCAUCCAACAGAUUGCGCCUGUCUUUUGACAUUUCACACGAGGCGGAAGACCUGUGCCAGCGUGGUCCAAAUGAAGACCUCACUGUAACCUCUUUCCUGCUCCCAUAUUGUGGAAACACUUUUUUUUUUUCUGCUGGUCUCCAAAGUCUGGUUCAAGCUCUUGACUGUCUUUGUUCCCCAUAUAUGCAAAAUGUGUAAUAGUUUCUUUCCUAAACGUUUGCUACCAAAUUUAAAAACCCGAGCAGACCCAAAUGCCCAAUGUGAUGCUCACAAGUACACGGCCAUGUUAAGUCAGGUAUCUAACUCAUUGGUGAUUGCUGGUGGCAAUCUCUACUGAGUUAAGAUGCAAUUUGUUGGGUUGUAGACCCAACCCUGAACUCUGCAGGUGUUCUGCAACAGAGUUAAUCUUCAGUAGCAGGACAUCAUUGUGUUUAUUUAAUUAUUAUUAUAAAUCUUCAUGUUAGAUUUGGGCCAGGUAAUUAGCACCUUGGAUUUAAAUAAACUUUGCUGUAUUCAUUUAUCUUCCUCAGAGAAAGACAAGAGCAGAUCAUGGGCUACAGGAAACGUGGACCCAAGCCGAAACACCACCUUGCGGUAAGUUUUGGGUUUAGGUUUCCAAUAUUUCUAAACCACAUGCCAAGAAGUCAGGUAAAUACCAUUGUCCUCACAGAGUUAAUACGCAUUUUGAUAGUAGAUCCUUAGAGCCUUAGUGACUGUAAAAAAAUUUUAAAAAAUGGAGAUUAUGAAUUUUUAAGUAGUUAAAAAAAGUAAAAAAUAAAUUUUAUUAUUAUUUUAUUUUUUUAUUUUUAACCAUUUUUUGGUUCUUUCCAAAAUGGAAUACACAUUUUGGGGUUCAGUUAAACUCUCUAGCAUACCUGGUUUUUCUUGUUAUAUAUAUUUUUGCAUUUUCAUUGCUGUCAGUCUCACGUUUUGUCCUGCUGUUGUUGCACACUAGGGAAAUACCCUGCUGUGCGCGAAAAGUAAAUAUUUUCUUGAAAGGCUGCUGUGAGCAGAAUAAUCCAUGCAAAUACACAUGCCCUGUCACUCUGGGCCAUCUCUGUUCUCUCUUUUCCUGAUAGGCUGGUUGGUUCUGUAGGUAGAAUACUCUAGGGUAAUAUGUCAUGCGUGGCUGUUGGUUCACUCUUCUUUGUAGUUUUUCUUUGACACUGACUGCACAAGUCCGAUGAGAAUCAUUUCCUUUAGCCUUAUGUCUGGUAGAGUUGUGUGUUGAUUCCACCUAAAAUCUUUUUAAAUUUUUUUUUUUUUGUUCUCUAUACAGUUACCAUCAUUUGCUCGUCGAUCAAAUAUCUUGAGUGAUCUCCAGGAUUCUUUGGUGGAGAACCGAACCAAAAUCGACUUGGGGUCUAUAACAAAGAGUCAACCUCACCAGUACCAACUGAAUAGCAAGAAACAUCACCAGUACCAGCCUAAUGGGAAAGACCACUCAGAGAAGCACCACUCGAGUAGCAAACGGAAGUACUACUAUCAGCUUAACAGCAAGAAGCAUCAUCAUUAUCAGCCAGAUCCUAAGAAACAUGACCAGUAUACAUCUUCUAAAGACUCUCAGAUGUGCUUGGAUCGCAGUUAUUGGCACAAGGACUCUUGGACACACAGCCCGUCUAUGGAAUUAGGGGCUCAAGUCAAAAAUGGCACAAGUCCUGCAGUAAAUGGUGUGGACAAAACCAACUUGUCAAAUGGAUCUUCCACCAGCUCAUCUAAGGAAGUGUCUGGAAAUGGGAUUGGGGGCAAAAUGAAAAUUGUCAAAAACAAAAAUAAGAACGGGAGGAUUGUUAUAGUUAUGAGUAAAUAUAUGGAGAAUGGGAUGCAGUCAGUGAAAAUAAAGUCUUCCGAAGAGGAAUGUGAAACUAUUGAACCCGCCAGAAGGGUAGAGACCCCAUGUGUGUCUAAUGGCGAUAGGACUCCCAAACCUGCAAAUGAAAAAGCAGAACACUGGAAAAAAAGAGUGGAAUCCAGAAUUCGGAUAAAUGAAGUCAAAACAUCUAGUGACAGGGCACCCGUUCAGCUGACUGGCUUACAGAGGACUUACUCUACAACUGACGCAACUUCUGAUCAGCCACUGCAGCUCACCACCAAGAAGGAUAUUAGUUCGUGGUCGAGUGCAACUAGUCCACCACCAUACAGGAGGGAGCCUACUAAAGACGUGACUUAUUUUAAUCCUAGGAAAAGGUGCCUCACUGAGGCUGAUAGGGACAGAGACCCUUAUAAGAAAUCCCUAACUUCUAGGACUGUGAGUGCCCCUGGUAGACUUGAGGAGCAGGCCACCCAAGGUUCUCUCAGUGUGUCGACUCAAGAACCUGAGAUCAUUCUGUUGGACUCAGAUCUGGAUGAACCCAUUGACUUGCGUUGUGUGAAAUCCAGGUGUGACAGUGACCAGGAACUAGACAAACCCACAGCCAAUGCGCCUAAGGCAUCAUCCCAACCCAUUGAUGUUGAGGUUACGAGGGAGGAGCCUCUGGCUGAGUUCAGACCUUUCUUUGGAAAUAUUGUGAUUACAGAUGUCACUGCUAACUGUCUCACUGUGACUUUCAAGGAGUACAUAACCGUGUGAGUGUCUUCUGGAUAAUGACAUAGUAUCUUAAGUGUGUACAAGCAUGUUCCAUAGGACUUUCUGGCCACGUUGCAUAUUGAGUGAUGAAUACAAUCAAUGUGUGUUUGCGUUUUGUUCAUCUGUUACCACCAGUUUGGGUUUUGUUCUCCGUCUUUGGAUGGCGUAGAAGUACACACAGUUGUAUUCAGUGAAAUCAUGGCAAUGAAGCACUUAACUGAAUGCUGACACUCUGCAUCCGCUGCAGAGUAUCACGAUGUGUUGUCUAGAAUAUUUUAUUAAUACAUUGAAAUAUAACCUACUCCUGCAGUAUAGAGUCCAAUUGGAUGUUAAACAAGAAAACUCCCACCCCCAAAAAAUAUUUUCAUAUGGAAAUAGACAUUUCCCCUUUGCUGACUACGAACAUGCCACAAUGUGUAUAUUUUUGUUAGUUUUUUUUGUCUGUGUGUGUGUGUGUGUGUGUAUAUAAUAUAAAAAAAAAAAGUUUAUGUAAAACAGAUCUUUCUAGUAAAUGCUGCUAUUAGAAUUGUUAAAUGCUUCCUGUAGCUGCUUGUGUAAAUAUUACUUGAAAGUUUUUUUUGUUUUUUAAAGUUAAAGUCUUGAGGCAGCCCUGGUUUCAUUUUGGGGUCUGUUACCCCCUUAUUUCAGGUGCUAAAUAUAAUAUUGUAUCAUAUAAAGAACUCCUCCAAUUUGAACUCUGUGUGUAAAUGGUGUUUCUAACAAUAUUUUAUCAAGACGUGGG